GUUGUCAAUCUGUAUCAAGAGAACGUGUCUAGCAGCCUUGAAGAGAAGCACCACGAUGGACCCCAGCAAUUCUGCUCCUACGACGGCAUGGCCUAGGUUGAAUGACACCUCGUCAGACUCACCAGCGAACCCAGAACAACCACCCACCGCGGUAUCAUUGCCGACACGCAAUUCUGUAUGGGUCGAUGAUGAUGUCUCGACCGCUUAUCCUCAAACCGCACGUCCUAGAGAAGAUCUCCUUGCAUCCUUCUUUCCAUCAGAAUCACUCCAGGUAGCAGAUGCACAAUCUCCAAUUAAAUCUCACCCCUUAGCGUACCCUCUUGCACCUGGUUUGAACCGAGUGCUUCCAGUACCAGAUUCCAUAACCCAGAAUGGUAGGAGGGUAUCUUCGAAUUAUUCUGAAUAUGAUUUUGACAUUCCUGUACCCCUUUCUGCGCGCUUUCAGCGUGACUUGCGAGAAAUGAUUGGAUCUCCAUCUUCGAUAUAUCCUGAUAGCGCUCUACCAGAUCCCCUUCACGUCUCUCGAGAUCUCACUUCUGAAACUUUAAUAAAUCAAAGAGAAAUACAUCCUGAACCUUCCCGCUCACCCGGCUCGAUUCGCCUUUCAGAACUCACUCAAUCUCCCGUGGACGAAGGCACAGCGGAACUCUUUCCGGAGUACACAGAAGAUACCCGCCCACGUAAAUCCGCAAAUAAUAUCAUUCCAACAAUAAACGUGCUGCCCCAAAGUCCCCAGCAUCCGAAUGUGAUCAGCUCUCAUUCCCAAAGCUACCAACCGCAACUAUUAGCACCUCCAGGUUUGUCUCAACCAAAACUCCAAAAGAGAAACAAAAGAUCGUCAUCCAUAAUCAGCGGUCUCGACCAAGGAAUCUACAGACCUGCGUCCAAAUCCCCCCAGAAUCGAGAUCUCUUCUACGCAACCCAGAAAGAUGACAGUAGAUUUAGUCGACACCAUCCCUCAAGCAAAGAAUACAUUCACCGACGAAGAGCCAGCUCCCUAGACCGCACCUCCGUGCCCACCGAUCCCGAAGUCGCCAAACUCUGGGACGAGCGAAUCAAUGCCAGUCAACAACCGUUCGCACCCAGCGGUAGGAUCCCCACAUACCAAGAAUUUCGACAAACAACUCAGCGUGUAGAUUCUCCAAGUUCAGACCGAUUUCCCCUCCCUGCUUCAGCAAUCUCUCAAUAUGAAGAUAUUCCACCUCAUCUGAGACCUGCCCGCGAAUCAGAUUUCAGAUUCAACCCGAAAUUGGUGCAGGAAAUAUAUGAAGAAAGAUGGAAGAUCUCUGAGGGCUAUGAGGAUUUACAGGCAUAUUUUAGUGAUCCCAAAGAAGGUCCCUACAAGCACCUUGAUAUCAAGGAAUGGGUUGAACUUUUCGAAUACUUGGAAGGGAGAGAUCGCAAAGCGACGGAGAGGGAGAUUAUUUUUGAAUUGAGGGCCAUUUAGAAGAAUACUGGGUUUUAGUGAUGAUGGUUGUGACAUCGUUGCUUGUCAAGUUGAGUGGGAUAUUUUGGAGGCUUUUUUAACGUCAGCUGCCAUGAUUAGAAAUAGGGGAGUUUAUUCUAACUCACACCA